GCCCCUGGGGGAAAAACGAGCGCUCAGCUCCCGCCGGGGCACAGCCUGGCCCCGCGCUCGCCCCGCAGCCACGGAGGAUGCUGAGCCAUGCUCCCCUCUGCCACUGCCCUGGCACUGUGCCUGGCACUGCUCCUUGCCUGCCCCACUCACGGUGAGGAGCUGCCGAGGCCCCGGUCGGUGCGUUUCGCCGCGGAGAUGGGCUGGCACCUGCUGCGGUGGGAGCCGGGGCGCGGCUGCCCCAGCGACGCCCGCUACGACGUGGAGUACAUCGUCUAUGGUGCUGGAACCCCCUGGACAGCCGUCCCGGAGUGCAGGAACACCUCGGAGCACUCCUGCGACCUCACCCGCUACACGCCGGAGCCGGAGCAGCGCUACCACGCGCGGGUCAGGGCCGUGGCCGGGAACCACACGUCCUCCUGGCAAAAGACCCACGGCUUCUUCCCACAGCAAGCUGGCGUGCGCCUGGCGGGCCAGAGCCUCUCCGUGAUGGGCAACUCCAUCCAGGUGCGGCUGCUCCUCCAGGCCGGGAACAGCAGCCUGGAGCACAGCGACUUCCAGAAGGAAAUGACUCGCUACCGUGUACACGUCAGGAGGACACGGGACAACCACACGGUCACCGUGGUGGAGAACAGCACCGAGUUCACGCUCAGGGAGCUGUUCUGGGUGACAGAGUACUGCCUGAGCGUGGAGCCCAGCAUGGCCCACAGGCCCGGCCCCGCCCGGCGCAGCGGCGAGCAGUGCGUCACCACCGGCCGCAGGGACCCAGGGAGCGCAGAGCUUCUCCCGGACAUCCUCAGCUCCUCCUUCAUCGUCCUCUCCUUGCUGGGCCUCCUGGGGGCUCUGCUGGCGUGCACCUACAUAAGGAAACCUGUGAGGACUCCAUCCGCCCUGAAAUCCUUCAUGAAGCAGAGCUCGCUCUGGUUGGAGCACGAGCCCCCAUCCUGGGGCAGCCUGGAUGCAGACCCCGUCCAGCAGCUCUUCCUGUGCCAGAAGGAGUCCCAGCUGGGCAGCAGCCCUGACAGCAGCACCAGCACGGCCCAGCUGCCCCUGGAGCAGGGCUGGACGCUCCCAGCAUGGCCCAAGGACCAGCUGAGCCCCGUGGGGAGCAGAGACAGCAGCAGCACCAGCACCGACAGCGGCAUCUGCCUGCACGUCCCCUCCUCUUCUUCAUCCUCCUCCUCCUCCCUGAACGGCUCCAUGGCCCCCGAGCCCCAGGGCUACAGGCAGCAGCUGCCCAGGGCUGAGGACAGCGGGGUGGGCUUGGAGAGCCCCUGCCCUGCUCCGGGGAACACCAGCCCCGGGCAGCCCGGGCUGUGCCCUGCCGCCGGCCAGGCAGACGUGGAGUUCCGGGGGUACCUGCAGCAGUCCAAGGGCACCGUGGAGCCCCAGAGGGCCCCGGGCAAGGCAGAGCCCCUCUCGGGCCGUGCAGGGGCCGUGCAGGGCCUGGGCAGCACCGACACCGUGCUGGACAUGGAGUGCUCCGAGCUGGCAGUGUCCAAAGGGUAUUUGAAGCAGUCCUGCCCCGAGCAUCCCCUGACACAGGACCUCGCUGCGUGGGGAGCCCCUUCCUGUGACUUCUCCAGCCAGGUGGGACCCCAGACCCCCACUCUGCUGAGCUGGGCAGCCCCAGGUGCUCCACUGAGCUCCAAAGCCAGCCCUGAUCUGAAAACUCCCUUCGACCUGAACAUCUUCAACAACGCUGCCUUCCCGGGCACGCUGCUGCUCGUGCCCAGCCUCAGCUCCGGCUGGAUCACAACGCCCAUCACGGCCCUGGGCCAGCUCAGCCCUGGGGACAGCAAGGACAGCCGCCUGUGACCCGUCCCCUGGGGCCACCAGCCCUGGGGACAGCAAGGACAGCCGCCUGUGACCCGUCCCCUGGGGCCACCAGCCCUGGGUACAGCAAGGACAACCGCCUGUGACCCAUCCCCUGGGGCCACCAGCCCUGGGGACAGCAAGGACAGCCGCCUGUGACUUGUCCCCUGGGGCCACCAGCCCCGCGCUCGGACCCAACUACCUCGUCUGCCACUGGAUAAGCUAUUCCUGAGCCCUGAACGUCCAUGCCCAGGCCCAGCCCUGGCCAGGAGCACCAGCUCAGCCGCUGCUGGGCUGCUGUGCCCCAGCCCUGCUGUGGCAGCCCCCAGUGCACCCCUGCAGCCACCCCAGCUGGUGGCAGGCAGGGAUGGGCUGUGCUGGAGGGGCUCAUCCCGACCUCCUCGGGCCACCAAGGACACCUCCAGGCCACCUCUGCCUUGUCUGGCCUCCUCAGCACAGGCUGCAGGGCCACCCUCGGGGCCUGGGCUGGUCCUGGGCUUCCACUUCCCCCUUUCCUGGGCCAGCUGGGCUCCUCCUGCUGACGUCCCCACUGCCGAUGCCGUCCCAGCCUUUCACAACACAGGCACGACAUCAGACCCUGCCGGGGCUCCUGCCCUGCCUGACCCCACACAGGACAGGCCAAGGGACUUUCCUGACCCUACAGAGACCCUGCAGUACCCAGCCCCUCUGGGAGAGCCCCAGGGCAGGAUAUGGGAUGCACCCACCAGCCCAGCAUGAGGCAGGGCAGUCCUACCCACACUAUGGUCUGUGUCCUGCCACUGCUGGAUACAGACAUUAUUUAUUGCAUUUGUAAAUACAGAAAGGAUGUGGUGUUA